GCCCGAGGGAGAGAGUAGCAUAUUAUCAUGUGGGUAAUGUAGGAUAGGGCUACGGAGUCGAAUGAAUAUAAAAAGCAGAAUAAGCAUUGUGUCAUCUCACAUCAUGGCUUCCGAGAAAGAAGCUGCCCUUUCAGCUACUCCCUCAGAUUCUCCUACCAUAUUUGACAAGAUCAUCAACAAGGAAAUACCAUCAACUGUUGUGUAUGAGGAUGAUAAGGUCUUAGCUUUUAGGGAUAUAUCUCCUCAAGCUCCUACGCACAUUUUAAUCAUUCCCAAAGUCAAGGAUGGCUUAACUGGACUUUCUAAGGCUGAGGAGAGGCAUUGUGACAUUCUGGGUCGCCUGCUAUACACUGCCAAGCUCAUUGCCAAGCAGGAGGGAUUAGAAGAUGGUUUUAGGAUUGUGAUUAAUGAUGGACCAAGUGGAUGUCAAUCUGUGUAUCACCUUCACAUCCACCUCCUAGGGGGACGUCAAAUGAACUGGCCCCCUGGCUAAGAUGGAGUCAUCAUGUGACUGGACAAAUUUCAAUGGUUAUAAUACAUUGCCUUGUGUCUUAAAUUGUACUGAACUAGUAUUUCAGAAACAACUAGCCUGCAAGUUACAAUCUUGCAUGUUGUUUAAAUAAUGUGAAAAGUUUUUCAUUGAA